AUGACAUUCACAUAUUGUAUUUUCCAAAAUCGAAUAGCUAAAGUCGUUCACAGAAAUGAUAAAGAUGAAAUUCAAUUUUACGAAAUUACUGCCUCGUCCCCAUCUUCGUCCUCCACCUCCUCCUCAUCUAAUGCAGAGUGCACACUCGCAGGAUCCAUCUUUAUUGAUGGGACAAUUAUGGAUAUCCAGUUUCGAUCCAAAAGCACAACUUCUAGUAGCAAAGUUUCAAAAAAGCGUGCUGUGAAUGGAACGCAGCAAAAAAAUACUGGUGGCACUGAUGCCGAUGAGUAUCUCUUGGCUGCGAUUUUAGAGUCUGGCGAGGUACAGGUCAUCUCAUGGUUGUCAAACUCCAUCAUCAACACUAUAACAUCAGCUCAAGAGUUUCAGCUAAAUAAAGUAGUAGCAUACGAGGAAGAAAACAUAUACGGGGUGAACAAGCUGCGAGAUCUUUACCAGAUCAAUGCCGUUACUGGAAAGUCUACUAAAAUCAAAGUGUCGGGAUUCGAUAGCUUGGCCAUAGUCGAUGGAAAAGUAUAUGUUGGUGAUGGUAAGCAGAUCGAUAUUGGUUCAAUUACAAAGAACAAGUUUGCUAAAAGCAAAACAUUUACUUGUCCUGUGGAAUUUACAAAAGUAGAAAACUUUUUGCAGGAUAUGUGUAUUUUAAGCGAUGGUAAAUCGACUUUUAUUUUCGAUACCAAAACAGGCGACACUCGGGAACUUGUUGCAAACGAAAACGAUAAAAGGAGUAUAAAUAGAUAUGUGGGCAGCUUGCAACUUGAUGAUGAAUCUUAUUUAGUGACCGCAGGGGAAUCUGCACUUGACAUUUUCACUAGUUCUGGGAAACAUUUCAACACAAUCCAUACAAACAAAUACAUUACCAAUGUGUUUGCAAUCAACAGCACUCCUUUGUUUAUUUGGAAUGACGAUAAUGAGGACUUUCAUGCUGGUGCAUUUUCAAUUGAUCAGUCACAAAUCAAUGCAGAGAAUGGGAGUGGAGCAUCUGUAAUACGUACAAAAAACGUUACAAACACCUUGAUUGAUUUACCAAGCCAAAAUAAUGUGAAUCCUUUGGACAAGGAGUCUCUCAUCAGUAGCUUGACGAAAAGUUUGGGUGAAGAAAUACCGGAUGCCGAGAACAUUUUACUAGUUUGUUCUUCAGCUUCUGAAAGCGACGAUAUUAGAGAUGUGGUGACAGUUUUGUCAGUUGAGCAAAGUGAAAAAUUGUUUUCUGUUAUCAGCACUGUGAUGGAAGAGAACGUGACUAGCAAUUUUACAUUAAGUCUCUGGCUCAAAUGGGUUUUGUUGGUGCAUGGUGGUUCAUUUGCACGCAAUCCAAAUAUUUCAGUUAAGAAUAUACAGACACAGCUCAAAGCUGGACUCAAGGUGAUGCCACAUUUAUAUGCUAUCAAGGGUAAACUUCAAUUAUUAAAAUUACAAUCUGAGCUCAGAUCUAGUGCUCCACUCCAGGAUAUCGAUAUAACAACCACUGUUGAAGAUGAGAGUAUGAUGUACGCCAACGGAGAAGUGAAUGAUAUUUCAGCUUAA